AUGAAUAAUAUCCAUACGCAAGUUACCAAAUACAUGCUGCCUACCCUGAACAGCCAAGGUGCAAUUGUACUAUCAUCACAUCCUAUUGAAGAAAACAAAUAUGUUGAUACAAAAUUCUUACUUGUAAAUGAAAGUGAAUUAAUUUACACUAGAAAGAAGAAGAUGGGGUCAAUUAAAAAUUAUCAACUAAGCAAAGAAUGCCUCGGCAAAGGUUCUUUCGGUUCUGUCUACAAAGCUUUGAAUAUGGAAACUGGUGAAGCAGUGGCAAUUAAACAAGUGAAGAUCAGCGAUUUACAAAAAUCGGAACUAACUUUUAUAAUGUCUGAAAUUGAAUUAUUAAAAAAUUUAAACCAUCCAAACAUUGUAAAAUAUAAAGGUUAUGUUAAGGCAGACGAUUAUUUAAAUAUAAUAUUAGAAUUUUGUGAAAAUGGCUCUUUACUUAAUGUCUGUAAAAAGUUUGGAAAAUUUCCAGAAAAUCUCGUUGCAAUCUAUAUUAGUCAAGUUUUGGAAGGUUUACUAUACCUUCACGACCAAGGUGUUAUACAUCGCGAUAUAAAAGGCGCAAAUAUAUUAACCACAAAAGAAGGUUUAGUGAAACUAGCAGAUUUUGGUGUUGCUACGAAAACUGCAAAUAUUAGUGAUUUUUCAGUGGUUGGUUCUCCAUAUUGGAUGGCUCCAGAAAUAAUUGAAUUAUCUGGCGCUACCACUUCUUCUGAUAUCUGGAGUGUUGGUUGUGUUGUUAUUGAACUUUUAGAAGGAAAACCUCCUUAUCAUAAUUUAGAGCCAAUGCCUGCUCUUUUUCGAAUUGUUGAAGAUGAACAUCCUCCUUUACCGGAAAGUGCUUCACCUGCUGUUAAAGACUUUCUUAUGCAAUGCUUUCAAAAGGAUAGUAACCUUCGUGUGUCUGCGAGAAAAUUACUAAAACAUUCUUGGAUCUCUAAUGUUCGUAAACCAAAUGUAGCUACUGAAUUUGAAGACGCUAUAAGAAGUGUAAAAGAAUGGAAUGAGGCUUUAAAGGACGCAAAAUUUGAAAAUCAUAAAAAACGAAGAAGUGGUUCUAUAAAACUAUCUGCUACUAUGCCUUCAAAAUCAAAAUCUCCUCUUAGUUCGAGUUCUUUAUCACCAAAAAUACCCGAUUUUACGCCUCCUGUUAAUAGUUGGGAAAACUUAAUGUGUUCUUCAAGUUUAAUGUCAAAUUCAUUAAAUCAACAAAAUAAUCGGUUAUCUGCGUUUCUUGAACAGGCUGAAGUUGAAGGAAAUAAUUGGGAUAAUGAUUUUGUGGAUUCGAUAUCUCUUUAUCAAAUCACUGAUAUUAAAAUCAGGCAGUUAAGUAUUAAAUCUUCUAAUGCUGACAUUCAAGACCAACAACCGGAUUACGAAUCUUCUGAUGAUGAUUCUCAAACUGUUCGACCAAAUCAAUUCAUUAAUGGUCAGAUAAAAAAUAAUCAUUCUGUUCUGAAGGAUCCCGGAAAACAAAUAAUAACAGAAGAUAACAUAGUAGAUGCCGAAACUAAUGGAUUCAAAAAUAAACCUAAUGGUUGGGAAUAUGUACAGGACACUGUAAUUCAUCUACUUUCAAAAUCAGUGAAUAACUCUAGUUCGACUCUAGAAUCAUCGACUACGGAAACUAAUGGUGCUCUUGAUGAAAAACAAAUCACGGAUGAAUUUAAGCGACAUAUUCGUGCGUAUACCACCAAUGAUGUAUCCAAUAAGAUUGUGAUUAGUUCGUCUCGAGUGUCAACUUCUGUGCAACAGGAAUAUCAGGAGUUAAACGAAUUCCAACAAUAUCAAGAAUCAGAAGAUGAACAAGAUUAUAAUAAAGCAUUUCGAGAUUCUGAUGAAGAAGAAGAUGGUGUGAUUCAUACAUUAAAGUUUAAUGCACAUCUUUAUAAUGAAAGUUGGAAAGGUGAUGAUAGCAGUGAUGAAGAUGAUCCAUUUGCUGAACUAGAGGAAAAAUUUGAUGAGAUGGACAUGGAAGCACACAUUGCUAGAGAUAAAUAUGCAAAUGCAUGUUCACGAUUGGCAGAGCUUCUAAAUCUUUUACAACCAACCGAAAGCGAAGAUCGAUUGAUAAGUUCAUGCGUUCAAAUCAUUGAUCUCUUAACAGAACAUCAAGAGCUUAAGAAUCACUUUAUAAUCUUUCAUGGUGUAAUUCCUAUCACGGAAGUAUUGGAAAUAUGUGCUAAUGCAGACUUGCUUUCAAAAUUGCUAAAAAUAGUUAAUAUAAUUAUUGCAGAUAACAUUGAUCUUCAAGAAAAUCUUUGCCUUGUAGGUGGUAUUCCGAUAAUAAUGAGCUUCACUUCAAAAAGAUAUCCAUAUGAAAUUAGAGUCGAAGCUGCAAUAUUUAUCAGACAGAUUUGUCAUACAUCGCCCAUUAUCCUACAAAUGUUUAUAUCGUGUCAAGGAUUAAGGAUUUUUGUUGAUUUUUUACAAGAAGAGUACACUAAACAUAAGGAACUGAUUUGGAUCGCCGUUAAUGGAAUCUAUGGUGUUUUUGAACUCCAAAGUCCGACUCCUAAGAAUGACUUUUGUCGAUUGCUUGCAAAAAUUGGAGUAUUGGAUCCGUUGGCCAUUACCCUACAUAAUGUUAUAAUGGAUGACGAUCUCUCUGCUAAAAUAUUUGUGGAUAGAAUUGUUAAUAUCUUUUUAAUGUUUUCUCGAGGUGACGCUUAUGUAAAAGAAUUUAUGGCUACACGUACACGGGUUGUUACUCGGAUUUUUGAAGACUUGUACAAAUUACCAUCGUAUUUAAUUGUAAUAGUGCUCAAAUGUAUCAAGAAUAUCUCCAUGAAUUCAAUUACAUUGGAUUCUUUACAAAAAGCAAAGGCGAUUCAAAUUCUCACCGAGUUGUUGGAUAAUCAAGUUCCAUCGUACGUCACUGAAAUUUCCAAUCAAGUGCUCCACACAAUGUUCAACCUUUGUCGAAUCGAUAAAUCGCGACAAGAAGAGGCAGCAAGGGCUGGGCUUAUUCCUCAUUUGGUGCAUUUUGCAUCAAAUAAUACACCACUCAGACAUUUCGCGAUUCCAAUUCUUUGUGAAAUGGCUCACACGGGACAAAGUUGUCGUGAUUUAUUGUGGCAGAAUGAUGUUUUGCAACUCUAUCUUAAUUUAUUGGUUGAUAGAUCUUGGCAAGUUAGUGCUUUUGAGGCUAUUCUUUCAUGGUUCCAGGAAGAGACCUCCCGUGUAGAACCAAUUCUUUUACAACAAAACAAUAUAGAAUUAAUCCUAGAAUCAUUUGUUGUUGCCAAAGCAAACUCUUUCGAAAAUAUUCUUGAACCAUUAUACAUGAUAACACAAUUAUCUGCUCCUGUGACUUGUGUUCUAGCGCAACCAUCGUUUUUCGAUCGUUUAUUACAUAGAUUUGGACAUCCGAAACCUGUUGUGAGGUUGAAUUUACUUCGUAUUCUAAAAUCUAUAUGUGAUGUACAUCCACAACGUGAAGAUGUCAUUAAGCGUUAUGGGUUAUUUGAAAUCAUUAUUAAAAUGAGUGCAGAAGAUCCAGCUGUAUUAAUAAGAGAGCUUGCAAAAGAAAUUUUGCAACAAGGUUAUUUCACUCUUCGAAAGAAUGUUAAUUAA